AUGCAACAAGAUAGAGCGAAAGAAGCCGGGGACAGAGCUGGAGCUGGUAAAGAGGAAGCGAGGUUGGGAGAAGAAAGCGAAAUACAGGCAGAACGGAGAACUGAACAUUCUACUCCGGAGAAACCCGAACCGCUUUAUGCAAGAAUUGCUGAAGCACCUUGGUACAGUUGGAACUCUAAGAUUGUAGCUGAGCUUGCUGCUUUGCUGGAUAAGCAGGAACAAUAUUCAGCCUGGGAAACUCUAAUUUCGGAAGCCACUUCCAAAUUAGAGUCUGGCUCUCGAGAUCUGGCUCUUUUCUAUUGUAAAUUGUUGGAGUGUCACUCCAAGCAAAGUUCAGAAAGAGGGUUUGAGAUUGCUUAUUUGUACCUAAGCCAGCUUCUUCAUAGUUCAUCAUCCUCUAUUUACAUAAAACGUCGUGUUUAUGAAUAUAUGGUCAGUGGUUUAUGUUCAAUGGAUAGGCCUUGUGAGGCCGAGAAUUUGGUUGAGAAUAUGAGAAUCAAAGCACUUGAACCUUCAGCGUUUGAAUUCAAGUCUAUCAUGUAUGGUUAUGGAAGAUUGGGAUUAUUCCAAGACUUGGAGAGACUUUUGGUUCAAAUGGAAAAAGAAGGGUUUGUCAUUGAUACAGUUUGUUCAAACAUGGUUCUUUCAGCGUACGGAAUGCACGGUGAGCUAACGAAGAUGGUUUCAUGGCUUCAAAGGAUGAGGAAUGCAUCGAUUCCGUUCUCAAAAAGGACGUAUAAUUCUGUUUUGAAUUCAUGUCCUGUUCUCAUGAGAAAAUUGGUGGACUUGAAUGGCUUCCCAUUGUCAAUUGAAGAGUUGAAUGCUAUUCUGGAAGGAGAUGAAGCUAUGGUGGUUGGAGAGCUAAUCAGGUCAACCGAGAUUCUAGAAGAGGUCAUGGUUUGGGACUCUAAGCAGGCAAAGCUGGAUUUACAUGGACUGCAUUUGGGUUCAUCCUAUCUAAUUAUGUUACUUUGGUUGCAAGAAAUGCGACAAAGGCUGAACGAUCCAGGUUACGCGAUUCCUGCGGAAAUUGUUGUUGUGUGUGGUUCAGGGAAGCAUAGCAGUCUCAGGGGACAAUCUCCUGUGAAAACGUUGGUGAAAGAGAUGAUGGUGAAGAUGAAGAGUCCUCUGAGAAUUGAUGAUAGGAAGAACAAUGGUUGUUUUGUUGCUAAGGGUAAAGCUAUGAGAGAUUGGUUGUGUUUGGGACACGAAUUAAACAAAUAGAAUAUGCAAGAUCAUAAUGGGGCCAUCGUUGCCUAACCGUUAGUUAACCAUGCUCGCUCCUA